CAAUCAAGUAUAAGAAUGUUGAACCGUGUUUAGUCAAUACCAAUUUGCACGUGGUGAUUAAACCCAUUGAACAGAAUUCAAAGUAUAGAUUAAUGAUUGCUAACUUAGAAACCAAUCAAAUAUUUAUUGAUUCAGUUGUCAAUGUCGAGACAACUUAAUUCGGUAAUAUCUUUAACUGUAGUUAUUGCAGAAUCCUAUCCAGUUAAAUCAUGCAAUCUCGAUGAUUUGAGUUACUCGUGUUCUACUUCAUCAUCUGAAGAUACUUGUUGUUAUGAAAACUAUGGGGUUAUUUUACAAACUCAAUUUUGGGAUACCGAUAACGGGAGCGAUGAAAAUGUCUUCACUAUUCACGGAUUAUGGGAUGAUAAGUGUGAUGGAAGUUAUGAUCAAUACUGUGAUUCGUCAUUAGAACUUAGUAAUCUGCAAGAUAUGGAGCAGCUAAUCAGUGAAACUUUUAAUAACCCAGAUUUAUAUAAUACCAUGUCACAAUAUUGGUUAAAUGAUAACGGUGAUAAUUCGGAAUUAUGGAUUCAUGAAUAUAAUAAACACGGAACUUGUUUCAAUACUAUUCAACCUUCUUGUUUCACCGGGGAUUAUAAGAAAUACGAAAAUACCGUUUAUUUUUAUGAAAAAGUGGUUGAAGUUUGGAAAACUUUACCAACCUAUGAUUUCUUAGAAGAAGCGCUGAUUGUUCCAUCAAAUGAUAAAACUUACAAAUUGAGUGAUAUCAAACAAGCUUUAAAAGCAAAACACGGUGGGGAAGUUUACGUUGGAUGUACUAAUGGGGCAAUCAAUCAGAUUUGGUAUUACUUCAAUGUCAAAGGAAAUGUCUUAAAUGGUGAUUAUAAACCAAUUGACAGUCUUACCGAUGAUGGUUGUAGUGAAGAUGUUAAAUAUUUACCAAAAUAG